AUGGAUGACAUCGAGGAACGGCUGCGAGACCACGCCCAGGCCUUCGAUGGUCUGUUGUCGCUAAUCCCGGCAAAGAACUACUAUGGUGAAGAUGGCAGUGACCAAUGGCAGCGGAAAAAGCAGACCAAGGAGCAAGCUCGCGAAGCCAAGCGGGCCAAGUUGGACCCCGAUAAUGUCAAGACGGCCAAGGAUGUGAUGGACGAGAAGGCACGUAAGCGCAAGCGCAACGAAGAGCAAGCUGGAGAAGACGCCGCGUCUGAGGACGGAGAACUUGGCUCCGAGCAGCCCAGAGAAGGUCUGAAACGUGGUGACGCAAAGUCCAAGAAGCAAAAACAGACCGAAGACUCGGCAAACCCGGAUGCCCAGGCCAAGUCGAACGAGGCCGCCGAAGCGCGCAGAAAAUUGAAGGAAGAGAAGAAGGCACAGAAGAAGGCCAACCAGAAGGAGAAGAAGAAGGCCAAGGAUGCUGCCAGGAAGGCGAAGGAGGUUGAGCAAAAAUCUAAGCAGGACCAAACACCUACCGCCGAGGUUGCGCAAGAAUCAGAGUCCGCCCCUGCCAGCAAAAAUGAUGACAACGAAGUUGAGGCUGAGGACAGCGAUGAGAGCGACGCUGCCGAGGGCGUUGUUCCCGAGGAGGGACUCUCACUCGAGUUCAACGUAGAACCCGAGUCCUCUUCUGCAUCGACUCCCAAUUCCUCUGGCUUUGAUGCGUCCAAUCCCCAGUCCGGCAGCUCUUCCAUCUCCUCCGUCGCCCCCUCGACCGAUGCCCCCAAGUCCUCCACCUCCAACGACCUCAAGCCCCUCAAGGCCACUUCCGAACAGUUGAAACAGCGGCUUCAGAAGCGUCUGGACGAGCUCCGGGCUGCUCGUCACGCCGAUGGAUUGAAUGGCAAGCCCGCCCGCAACCGCCAAGAGCUCAUCGAGGCGCGCCGACAAAAAGCCGAGCAGCGCAAAGCGCACAAGAAGGAGCUGCGUCAGAAGGCCCGCGAGGAGGAACAACGGCUGAAGGACGAGGCCAUGGCCCGCCGCUUCUCUCCCGGCGGAUCCGGCUCCCUUCUCGCCUCUCCUCGCUCCCCUGCAGACUCGGUUGGCUCUUCCAGCAACGCCAACUACUCCUUUGGUCGGGUCGUCUUCGGCGACGGCCAGCACGCCGAUCCCACUCUCCAGAACGUCCGCGAUCAGCCCAAGCGGCAGGGUGCUCACCACGACCCAGCCGCCGCCCUCAAGGCUGUCGAAGCCAAGAAGGCCCGGCUGGCCUCCAUGGACGAUGAGCGGCGGGCCGACAUCGAGGAGAAGGACAUGUGGCUGAACGCGAAGAAGCGUGCCCACGGCGAGCGGGUCCGCGACGAUACCUCGCUGCUGAAGAAGGCUCUCAAGCGCAAGGAGACGGCCAAGAAGAAGUCCGAACGCGAGUGGCGGGAGCGGAUCGACGCCGUCAAGCACGGCAAGGACAUGCGCCAGCAGAAGCGCGAGGAGAACCUCCGCAAGCGCCGCGAGGAGAAGGGAGGCAACAAGGGCAAGAAGAAGCCCGCCGCUGGCGGAGGCAAGAAGAAGGCCAGACCGGGCUUCGAAGGUAGCUUCAAGGCCAAGGCUGGUGGUGGCGGUGGGAAGAAGAAAUAA